AUGGUAUGGGACCAACAAUUCAAAAAUAAAUUUGACCAAAAUCCAAUUUCCAAAAAUAGUCUAUUACCAAAAACAACUGCUGUAAAAAAACACCUGCCGCAAUCAGGUGCUACCUGCCGCAACACCUGCCGCGAUCAGGCGCCACCUGCCGCUGUACCUGCCGUACCUGCUGCUGUACCUGCUGUACCUGCUGCCGCACCUGCCGCACCUGCCGCAACACCUGCUGUACCUGCCGUACCUGCCGUAAAAUGCGGCACACUUUUGUCAAUGAAUAAUCAUACUUUAACUAAAAUUGUAUGUCACCAAAACAUUAAAGACCAUUUUUACUGCGGAAUUUUUAAAGGAAAAAGUUCAAUUUUAAGAGUAAGUUUAUUAAGUUUUAACUUGUUCGAGAUGUCAGGGUCGCAACUUAGGGUUCACGCCACUCGGUCAAGUACAAGACAGCAACAAGAUAAAGAAGUUAACAAACCAGGACAACAGCAAACUCUUCAAGACUCGAUACAUAAACCAGUCUUCAAUAUCAAUCCUAUUAUUCAGGAUUGGCAACCUGCAAGUUCUCGUAAAACUAAAAGAAAAGAUAAAGAAAAACAAGUUGAACAAAAACAACAGAAAAAACAACCUCGUUUGUCUUUUAGGCAACAUAAAUCUACUGAAAAAACUACUGAUGAUAUGGAUAUUAGUCAAGAUACUUUUGCUUCUUCAUCUGAAAGCGGUGGCGCAGCAAAAU